UUUGCUCUCGCGGUACUUUGAUGUCAUACGUCCAUCAGUCUGCGCUGCACCGCGUGAAGUACCCUACAAUAAUACUGCUGCGAUCCUCCGCUGUCGUUGGAUAUGGCGGCGCUGAUUAGAGGUCUGAGAGCUGGAAAGGCCUUACGGGGUCUCGGCAGCGUUGCAGUUCAAGCCAAACUCAGUCCCCAGUGCAACAAUGUGAGACGUGAAUUUCACCGUGCAGCCCUGCUGAGACUCGCAGAUGACUAUAAAAGUGAAUCUGUACCACCUCCAUCCUACCAUGAGGUCCAUAAAGGUGAAGAAAGUUCAACCUCUUCAGUGCAGGGAGACUCCUUUAACACAGCUGCUGGCCAGGAAGACGGCCAACCAAACACCAGUUAUCAGGAUCAGAGCGGCGAGCAUGGCGAAGACUACGAAACGGAAGAACAACUCCAAACUCGCAUACUGACCGCAGCACUGGAGUUCGUACCACAGCACGGCUGGACUGUGGAGGCAAUAGCAUCCGCAGCAGAGACGCUUGACCUGUCACCAGCCUCUACUGGGAUGUUCAACAAUGGAGCGGGAGACCUGGUCUUGCAUUUUAUAGCGCAAUGCAACGCUCAACUCGCAGAGACGCUCGCAGAGCAGCAUAAACAGAUCCAGCUCGGCCAGGCAGAGCCUAAGAAAACAGCAGAGUUUCUGAGAGAUGCAGUUGAGCUGAGAUUACGGAUGUUGAUACCUUACAUUGACACAUGGCCUCAGGCUAUGAGCAUCCUGCUGUUGCCCCAAAACAUCCCCGACAGCCUGAAGCACCUGUCCACGAUGGUAGAUGACAUCUGGUACCACGCAGGCGAUCGCUCAACAGACAUGAACUGGUACACUCGGCGGGCGGCACUAACUGGCAUCUAUAACACAACCGAACUAGUAAUGCUGCAAGACUCAUCUCCAGACUUUGAAGAGACCUGGGCCUUUCUGGACAACCGUAUUAAAGAUGUAGUCAACAUGGCCAACACAGCUAAACAGGUCCAAGCCACCGGAGAAGCUGUGGUGCAAGGACUCAUGGGCGCUGCAAUUACGCUGAAAAACUUAACAGGGAUGAACCAGAGACGAUGAGUCCAUGUCUUUGGAGUUUUGGUCCUGUUUGUCCCAGCUCCUGCUUACCGACCCCUCGGCCUUGCAGCGCAAAUGUCUGACAACUCACUCAACAGCUGUAGAUUAACAAUUUAGCAUGAAAGACAGUGACAGCAAUGGUGUUCUGAUAGAGGAAUUGAUCUUUUAUCACAUUCUUAGCACUUUUAAAUGGGUCAGAUGUGCCACAAAUAGGUCAUUUAGACCCAGAGCACAGUGAGGAUCUGACAUUUCUUUUCUUUCUGCAGUUGUUUUUUCUCUAUUUGUAAAAAAGGAAAAAUUAAAAAAUAUAAAUGCA